AUGUUUCUAAUAUGUUCCUAUGCAUUUUCCAGCACUCAAUUGGUCAGAUUAAGAGUGAACCCGCCGACGAAUGUAUCACCCAUCGCUGCCCAGAAUGAGCCCCUUUACGGUGGUCAGACUCAACGCAUGAGCCUGCCAGCUCAAUCAGACUUGACUCUGGCCUAUAUUAACCCACCAUUUUAUCCAUCCACAAAGCUAAAACCCACUCUUUCCAUCAUUGAACUUUUGCCUCAUCAUGUAUGGCUAUGGCGACGAUUUUUCGUUCUUUUUGGAUAUGUGGGACUAUGGCGCCCUAUUAUCACAAGGUUCGUCGUCUUGCUGGGAGUGGGAAAAGCUGCGGUCGGGAUGGUCACCAAUAUCAAGGUCGGACCUCCGAGUGUCUGGGCGAUCCUGAGUUUUUCGUACGGUGCCGUCAACAUUAACCGCUUCAUCGACGAGAAGUUGUAUAACUACACCGAAGCUAGAGAAACGGACUGGUGGUUUUGGGUUCAGUGGGCCUCGUACCUGGGUGGCACCCUUUUGGCCGUUUACAUCGUUAUACCGUUCCUACUCUCUGCAGGGUGGACUCCUCUCGCGGUAAUAUCUCUUCUUGGUGCGCUCUUCAUAGCCAGUCUAUUCUUGCCGUCCAUUGCUAUGAAGAAGACGAUCGAAUCUGCCUUCGAUUGGUCGAUGGGGAUAGUAAAGAAAGGCUGGAGGUCACUUAAGGAGGCUUUUAAAUCUUUCUUUGGGAGGAAUGACACCGGCAAAGUCGAUGAAAUCCAGGAUGAAAAGGACGAAGACUCGGAGGCCGAAGAACCUCAGGAACGUGUUCCAUACGAUGGCGAGGUUCGGCGGCCGGUGUUGCCUAUUACGGAAGAUGAUGCUGGUUGGAGCCUGCAUCACCGUCGUUGGGGUUCUAGCAACUUCGUCAGAGUGUCUCCCACCUCCAGAAGGCCCAUUUUCACGGAAAGAGCAACUCUGUACGAGUUUAUAGACCGUAUAUUUUGCUCUAGUUCAAAUUAUCGUGCUCCCGGGGGAUCAGUAGAGAAUGCUCCAACGCUCGAGCCCACCUCCGACAGCCCGUCAUACUUACAUCAUAUCCUCUCCACACCCUCCUCUAUCACUUUAAAAAGGGUGUAUUUCGCAACCACUCCCGAACCCCAAUUAUCUACACCUCUUCCACUGGCUCCCGAAAAAAUGUCCCAACAAUCCUCCCAAAAGAACUCGCCCAGCACGUCGCAAGCUGGCUCACCCACCGUCGAGAGGGAGCCACAACCACAGCAACUCGAUGAUAACCGUAGGCGCGGCCGUAUUCGAAGGAACAGCGGCAUGUUGUUCCCCGAUAACCUAGACAUGUUCCCCGAUAACGAGUAUACCCGAGAGCACGGUAUCAAGAGAAACGACGGGAUGCUUUUCCCCGACAACUUGGACAUUUUCGAUUACAAGGAGGAAGCAUUAGCGCGAAGCCGAGGCGGGCGAAACAUGCAAAAGCAAAAGGAUCCUGACGAAGGCAAGAAGGAUACUCUAAAGCUCCGCCUCGACCUCAACCUCGACGUUGACGUCCAGAUCCGUGCAAGAGUUCAUGGCGAUGUAACUCUCUCGCUAUUUCUCAACAAUCCCGCGGGUGAAAUCAGUGCUGACGACGAUCUUCUCGUACAAAGUCAAACAGAUAUCACAAUGCAGCGAUAUGAGGAAUUUAUACUUUUAUCAACGGCUGAAAAAGUCCAGAGGGAGAUCCGGGUGCUGCACCAGUAUAAUGCCCAAGCAGAACGAGACAAAGCGCCUCCUAGUAGCAUAAUUGAAAAACUCGAAAGGGAGCUGGAAGCUGCUUAUAAGCUCGGAGAGUCCAAGGAUCUUUCCUCGAUCGAGUUCUCGUCACAACCAAGCAACGAAAUUUCCCCUUCCUCAUCGACCCCAACUCGAGCACAACCGCUAUCAUUAGCAGACGAACCUGUGGCACCAUUCGAGUUACUUUCGAAUAAAGAGACCAAGCACUCGGGCGAGUUAUCUCCCGAGAUAAAAGUGAUUCAGAACAAGAUCGAGUCCCACCAACUAGCGCUUGACGUGAUGCAGGAGACCACGAAAGCUUGCAACGAGCUUAUCACAAGGCUAAGGGCCCAAUUGUUCCGUCUUGUGGACAGGUUCUGCCCCUCUAUAAGGCUCCUACCAGAAUUAUUACUCGAAAUAUUUCAACAUCGAAUCGCGCAAGACGUGGACCAGUACUUGGAAGGGAUGACCAAGUAUCUGCCGCAUACCACGCUCAAGUUGUCUCACGUUUGUCGGUCAUGGAGGCUCGUAGCGACAAACAAUUCUAUUCUAUGGCGCGAUACUGUAGUCUAUCCUCACCGGAAAUGGACUGAUAGGAAGGUUGAGCUAUUCAAGCACUAUUCGUCGAAUGCACAGCGCACUUCGCUCAGCUUAUUCGUAGAGGUGGAGCCCGAAUUUGCUUAUGGGUUCCCAGAUAGCGACCAUCCCACGUUCGACUAUUACGGGGAUGACUUUAAGAUUCACUUUAGGGUCAAACAAUUCGUGGACGGAGUGUCCUGGCUUCCUUAUCUGAAGAAGAAUCCAGAAUCUUUAAGCGUUCAUAACCUUCACCCCUAUGGACUGGGAGCAUAUCAAGUUAUGGAACUGGUGGAAUGGCAUUCAUGUCAUCGAGUCACGAUUCAUGGAUACUUCAAUAAUGACUGGCAUGUGGAGGCACUGGGCCCUCUAACACAUUUGACACUGGAGACAUCGGGCGGAUUGAAUAGUAUCCACCUCGUAUCGUCCCCUAAUUCGUUUGAGGAGCUUCAUCUCAUGAAUCGUGAGGAAAAUAUCUCUCCCGGUCCUCAUGCGGCCAUCACUCUCCCCUCUCUCAAAGUCUUAGGGAUUUCUCUUAUACAUCUCCAAACCGCACGUAUACUCCAGCUCCCUGCUUUGCAGACCGCGAUCUUCUACUCGGCUCCCGGCCUUUUUAAUAUCCACUUGUCUGAAGAACAGCUGGAUUCGUUGUCCUCGUUAAUCGCGAAUGCCACUGAACUGCAGCUCUACCCCAUGUCUCAAGUAAUGAGCCACUUUCCAAAAAAGAACUCGGCCUCUGCCUUUGCAAUCGGAAUACUCCGGCGCUCAACCAAGUUUAGAACCAUUACAUUUUCCUCGGGGUUCGUCGACGUAUUGCCUCUCCAUGAACACCUACCGUCCCUUGUGACGAAGGGCAUUGGGAGUGGUGCAACUAUCGAAGAGAUGCACUUUAUCGACUUCCCAUGGAGGGCGAGAGGGGCUUGUCAAGGUGAGACACACAUGACAAAGGUUAGACCAUUCUUCGACCUUGCCACAACUGUUUUGUCCGAACAAGCACCCUCAAAACGCGUAAUACACAAAUUAAAAGUCUGCCAGAGCCUAUCCAUUAUGGAGAAAUACGCCCAAUCAAAUAUCAAACCGAGUUAUUGGGAGAAGCAUCUCCUUCUAUCGGCCGCUAGUGAUGUCCAGAAGGAGAUUGAAGCGCUGAAAGACCGAAAUUACCAAUCCGAACAAGAUAAGAAGUGGAAGAUCAGCAUAAUAGAAAAGCUGAAAGAAGAAUUGAAGAUCGCAUACAAGGAAGAAGGGUCACAGAACUCUUACAUUUUCACCUCGUCACAAAAAGAGGGGCAAAUUUCCUCAUCAGACUCGACUCAAGAACGAUCACCGGCAACAUCCGAUGGAAGCGUAACGCCACUUGAUUACUCUUCGGACGAGGAAAAUCGACACGUUCCUUCCACAAUAGAGGAAGCUGAGAGGGAACUCGAAUUUCGCCGACUGAUACUCGAGGUCAAAAAGGACGUCAUAACCACUCGCAACGGAGCUAUUACUUCAAAUCUUCCAGUAUCGAAUCUCUCAAGAUGUCGACGACUACCUGACAGGGCUGACUACAUAUCUACCUCAUACUGCACUUAUAUUGUCGCAUAUGGAGCAACGCCGCAACAAGUGAAGGACCUAGUGAAAUGGCAUUCAUGUCGUCGAGUCAUGAUCCAUGGCUACUACGAUGCAAUCAACGAUACGAACUGUCUGGGAUCCUCGACUCACUUGACACUGGAUACAAUGGAUAAAAUCAACAGCCUUGACCUUGCAUCGCAUCUAGAUUCAUGCGAAGAACUUCGUCUCUUGAAUGACGAGCACACCAUUCCUCCAGCUUCCACAAAGCCGAUU